CACGUGACCAAUGAUGCUCCUGCAAGGAUGUAGCUGUCAGCUGGAAGAGUUCGGCAGAUAUGAUGAUGUGUGAUCAUGGAGAUGGGGACGCAGAGGCGAGCUCAUCUUCCACUUUCAGACCGUCUUUUGCUCUGGGCAACGUUAAAGGACUGCCAGGGAGAAUUUCACACAAUCCUCCUCCACCAGGCAGACUGACCUCCCUGCGGUCCAGAGACCUGACCCUGGGAGGAUUUAAAAAGAAAACCUUUGUUCCAAAUGUUCACUCCGUUCGCAAAAGUAAAGAUGAGUUACAGGAGGAGCCUCACAGUGCACCAAAAAAAGAGAGAAGAGACAGGGAAGACAGACACAGAGAGAGACGACAGCGACGAGAAAAGCCUCAGACCAUUCAGUCUCACUCUAUCUUUGAGCAGGGCCCUGCUGACACCUAUAGGAAACUAGGUAAUUGGGGCAGCUCUAACCUAACUGCUUGUGAUCCUGCACUGGUCACAAAAUGCAUUAAAAAGGAAAAGAACAACACAGAGGACGACGACAAUGCAAUUUUACAAAAACUCACACGAGACGAUUUUUUGGAUGAUCCUGGACUGAAAAACGACCCCAAGCAAAGACCAAUCAGACUUCCACUCCAUCAGUCAUGCAACUUUUUGUCAACGGAUGCAGCUAGUUCAUUUAAAGAAGAAACUACGUCUGAUAAUCCAAGACAUUCACCAAGAGUUGAGCAGAAAUACCCGCAGACAUCGAGGAGCUCAUCUGCAGGUCCAGAACAGCCAACAGUCGGAGAACUUUUCCAGCAGCUCAGCGUUUCAGAUAAAGAAGAGCUGCUGUUUAUUCAGCUUCCAGAUACCAUACCUGGUCAACCUAAAACCUCCAGCCCAGAGAAAACCAGAAAGGAUUGCAAGGCAGAAGAGAAGCGUACAGCGCAUAUUAAAGCUAUAGACAAGCCUGAUAAAAGCACCGUUCCUGUAUUGUCUGACUUCUCAGAGGGUCUGAUUGGAAAACUGCAAAUCAGAAAGUCUGGUAAAGUCCAGUUGGUCAUGGGAAAUGUUACAUUAGACGUCUCAGAGGGAGCAGCCUUCUCUUUCCUGCAGCAACUGGUGUGUGUGCGUCUGUCGGAGGGCCUUACCGGGGACAUGACCGUGCUCGGAAACAUCACACACAAGCUGGUGUGUUCGCCCGACUUUGAGACUUUACUGCAAGAAGCCAAAAUAGCGUCGGAUUCUCGCUCUGUUUCUAAGUCCUGAUUUGAUCACUCAGGCAUAUUUAAACUAAUGAUGUAAAUAACUGUUUUUAUAAUGUUUUAUUUGUGAAGUUAAGUGUCCUGAGAGUUACACUAUAAGCUAAUAUUUGCCAUUUGAUGGGGUAAACGUUUUUUUUUUUUCUUUCUAGGUUUUUACUCAGCAAGGUUGAAUUUAUUGAACAAAAUACAGUAAAAACAAUAUUGUUAAGUUUCAUUACAGUAAAACAUUUUUCUAGUUGGUUAUAACCAUCAUGAAUAUCAUUAUAUAGGCCAAAAGCUAAGGAUUUUUUAAUGGCCAGCAUAGAAGAAAACUUACUUGCACCAUCAAGAAACAAAUUCUAAUUUGCAAUUUGUGUAGCUUUAGAGAAAAAUGAAGACUUGCUUAAAAUAAUUUAUUAAUUAAUUAAGACCUUCAAGACUAAUAUUCCAGUAAAUUUAGGACUUUAAGACUUUAAAUUUACUUAUUUGAAAUGUAAGACUUUAAGACCCAGCGGACACCCUGUAGUUAUUCUAAAAUUAAAAUUAUUCAUAUGAUGGUAAAGCUGAAUUUUCAGAAUUUUAACAGUGGUCAGAUCAUAAAGUGCUGAUUAAAUAUUAAAUUAUACGUUUUCAAUGUUGAAAAUAGGCUUUGCAUAUUUUUGUGGAAACAAAAUUCAAAUUCAAAAAUAAUUCAAUAAUACAAGGUAUUCAUAUUUUACACCUAGUUGAAUCAAUAUUUGUUUGCGAUUAAUGCUUUAUAGAAUGAAUGCAAUAAACUAAUUAUAAUAAGAGUUUCUGCAGGUUUAACCAAGUCAAGUUUAAGACUUUAAGAUGAAUGAAAUUUCAGACUUGUUUUGGGCUAAAAGCUAAGGGUUUUUUAAAUGGCCCAGCAGAGAGGAAAACUUAUCAAUCAAGCAGACCCUAAUUGUAUAUGUGCAAAUCUUUUCAACAUAACAUAAAAAAAAAACUUUAAUACACUAAAUUUAUGCACAAUAGACUAUUAGUUAUGAAUAUAGUUUGCUAAAAGUUUUAUUGAGAUGUGUUGUUGGUGAUUGGAUUGGGUGUUGGAUCAAUUGUGUAGCUUUAGAGAAAAAUUAAGACCCGUUUUAAAUUAUUUUACACCUACAAGACUAAUACUCCAGUAAAUUUAAGACUUUUUAAGGCCUAAAAUUAACUUGAGACUUUAAAUUUAAGACUUUAAGACCCGGCGGACACCCUGUAGUUAUUCUAAAAUUAAAAGUAUUCAUAUGAUGGUAAAGCUGAAUUUUCAGAAUUUUAACAGUGGUCGGAUCAUAAAAUGCUGAUUAAAUAUUAAAUUAUAUGUUUUCAAUGUUGAAAAAUAGGCUAUGCAUAUGAUUUUUUUGAAAACAGUCAUACAACACAAUUCAAAUUCAAUAAUAAUUCAAUAAUACAAGGUAUUCUAAUUUUUACACCUUGAUGAAUCAAUAUUUAUUUGCUAUUAAUGCUUUAUAGAAUUAAUGCAAUAAACUGAUUAUAAUAA